CUGUUCUGCCACAGCGGGGGCGAGCGCGCCACGGUGGGCUGCCCGCGCCUACUUCGACGGGUGUUCCAACGUUUUCAGCAGACUGGUGGUUAUGUUAGAAAAUCGGGAUUUGGAAGAAAACGGUGCAUAUCAGAAAGAGAUGACCGAUUCAUCGUUACGACAUCUUUACGAAACCGUUUUACAAAUGCUGUUGAGUUGCAACAACAGUUUCGAUCAACUCGGAGAACAUCUGUGAGUGUUUCUACGAUAAGAAGAAGGUUACACGAAAAGAGUUUAACAGCCCAUAGACCUGCUAAAGGUCCAAAACUUACUGCACAGCAUCGCAGAGAUCGCCUAGAGUUUGCUCGCAAUCAUUGCGAGUGGACUCUAGAACAGUGGCGGACCGUACUCUUCUCUGAUGAGACGAGGAUCUGUCUCUUCUGCAAUGACAGACGUAGAAGGGUCUACAGAAGACAGAGGGAGAGGUUCACACAACCCUGCUUCGAAGAAUCCGUCGAAUACGGGGGUGGCUCGUGUAUGUUUUGGGGCGGCAUUUCCGUCGACGGGAAAACGGAACUUGUAUGCGUUUCCCGGACUCGGGGUGGCCGUGGGCAAGGGUCAUUAAAUGCUGGUCGGUACAUUACUGAAAUCCUGGAGGAACAUGUGGUCCCGUAUGCUGGUUAUGUCGGUGAUGGAUUCAUGUUAAUGCAUGAUAAUGCUCGUUGCCACACCGCGGCUAUUGUACGGGAUUAUUUACAGGAGGUCGAUAUCCCUGUUAUGCAUUGGCCAGCACGAAGUCCAGACCUUAACCCAAUAGAACAUCUCUGGGAUGACCUAAAACGGCGCGUGCGAGCUCGAGAUUCAGCUCCAACCACUCUUCAAGAGCUCCAAGAUGCGGUACUUGAAGGGUGGGAACAAAUACCCCAAGAGGCUGUUGCGACCCUUGUAAGGUCCAUGAAAGAACGCAUGGAAGCCGUUAUGAAGGCAAGGGGGGGUAACACUAGGUUUUAA